AUGGGAACUAAACCUUAUCGCUAUCGUUGUGGGGACCCUGGACAUCUUGCUGAUAAGUUGGAUGCAACUAAAGUCACACGUCCAACCGCUCAAGGGCGAGUUUACCGAAUGAAUGGUCGAGGGGUCUCUUGUCCGAACGAAUCCUUUCAAGGGGAGUGCGAAAUCUCAUGUAACAUUCUAACCGUUCUUUUUUACUCUGGUGCAACACAUUCAUUCAUUUUAAUGGAUUGUGUGAACCUAUUGAAGUUGUAUGCCAUAACCUUAUUGUUUGAUUUGUCUGUUACUACUGCUGCUGAUAAGACUUUAACUACAAAUACAACUUGUAUGUAUUGUUUUGUAGUUGUGUUAGGUAGGAAGUUUAUUGUGAAUCUCAUUUGCCUGCCUCUUAAGAACCUUGAUGUUAUCAUCGGUAUGGAUGGGUUGUCAUACAAUUUUAUUUUGUUAGAUUGUGGUCGUAAGACUGUAAUUUUCCGACCCAGAGCUUUCUGA